CUAUUUGAAGUUUCCAGUUCGUAUGAGGCUAAGUCAAGGCCUUUACGUAAUAUCGCCAUGCCCGAGAUCGACGUCGUCGAGAGCCGCUACACUGAUAAAUUGCUCCUCAAUCAGCUCUUGAUUGAUCUUUUUGGGGCUGGGAAUUUUGAGGUCGAGGUCGUGUCGGAAGAUCAUAUCCAGAUCACAUCUCCCAGGACACUGACUGAGACUGAAAAGGAGUCCGUAAAGUUGCGAACAUGAAAACCGGCUUUUCAAGUUGCCCAGAAACUCCGGAAGUGUUUAUACAUACAAGAUUAAGCCAUAAGUCUGGGCACACGAUCAUACCGCUGUUUAGGUACCACUGUGGAAGCCAGACAGUACCGUCAGGAGCGAACCAUCGCUUGGAACCCACUCAUUCAAGAGGCAGUCCAGACUCCGCUGCAUGAACAUCAGCAUUGCGCCCAGACUUUGUAAACCUCGUGGUGGCACUCCUAGCAGUGGCAAACAGGUGCGGACUUGGGGCCUAUCACUGUAAAACUCAAAGAAACAGCUUGAGGAGAAAUCAGCUUUGUCAAUUGUGCUUCCUCGCAGAGACUAUCCAUUUGCAUACCUUCAGAAAUACCCGAGAAACGUUAUAUCCC